AUGUUCAAGAUUGCAUCGCCCGUGGCUCUCUCCAGCAAGGUGCGCCUCGCCUGCCUGCCCAGCGCCAACCAGAUCCUGCCCAACAACUACCCGUGCUACGCCACGGGCUGGGGAUCCCUCGACACCAGCGGCCCCUUCCCCAGCGCCCUGCAGCAGGCCAGCCUGCCCGUGGUGGACUACGCGACGUGCAGCCAGCCCAGCUGGUGGGGGAGCAGCCUGAGGAGCAGCGUGAUCUGCGCGGGGGGCAGCACCCGCUCUGCGUGCUAUGGUGAUGGAGGUGGCCCACUGAACUGCCAGCGGUGGGACAAUGCCUGGGUGGUGCAGGGAAUCGCCAGCUACGUCUCAUCUCUGGGCUGCAACACGAUCCGCAAGCCCACCGUGUUCACCCGCGUGUCAGCCUACAACAGCUGGAUCAGCGCUGUCAUGAGCGUGUACCGUGAAGCCCCGAAGCUCGCCGAAGGAGAGCAGAGCGUCAACAGCGGAGUCAAUGCCACAAUUGCCGCAUUCAAGAAGCCACAGGCUUAAAGCAUUACGCUCUUUAUAUGGAUGCUUCCACUAACCCGAGAAUUACAGUUGCUUGCUAUGGGUAUGGCCUGUUUAAUGUGGAAUUGGGCCUGUGGGCAUAGGAUGGGUGGAUCUAUUCAGUGAGUUUGUGUGGUCAUGCCAGACAUGUUAUUAGUGGUAAUGACACUGUCACAAUAUGGCAUUUAGAUCAGAUGAUGAACAGUUCUCUAUUUUGACGACAAAAUAUUUUUUUGGAAUACCAACAUGUGUAUUGUACAUCCAGUACUGAAAAUACUAUUUUAAAACAUCUUUUAAAUUGAAGAUCCAUCAUCACAUUACACUUUGCAUACCAAGUUAAAAUCCUUUACUUUUGUGAAGACAUUGUUCAACAAUAUUGCAUAUACACUAACUCUUCGCCUGAUGAAAAAUGCUAAAUUUAAAC